UGUUCAUUAAGAGAACAUUUUUGAUACACUGCGUGCAACAAAAUCUAUGUUAUUAUGUACUGUUAUAUGUAAUCAUGAGUCGAUGGAACGAGUUUUUCUGUUUAUUUUGGGUCUCAAGCGUCUAUGAAGUUAUGAAUCAGUAUAUCUUAUUUGGCCAUUAGAAACGCACAUCUCUACAGCUUCAAUCAUGGAUUACAAGGCUAGAAAGCAAAUUUUAUUCUUACAUUCCGAUUCUGUGAAAACUGCGUGUGAAAGGGUUAACUUAUCGAAACCCGGGGAAAUAGAUCAAGUGGUGAAAUUAUUGAGGAAUUGGAUCCAAGAGCAACCUCAUUUUAGAAGAAAGGAUUUCAGUGAUGCGUACAUAAAGAUGACUAUUCUCACCUCAAAGGGUUCGACGGAACGAGCUAAAAAACAAUUGGACAAAAUGUGCACAUACCGAACUCUAUUAGCGGAAAGUUUCCAAGACUGGGACGUUAGGAAAGACUUCAAACACGCAUUUGAACCUGUUUCUCAGGUUAUUCUGCCAAAAUUAACAAAAAAUCAUCAUAGAGUAUUCUUAUACAAAGCGUGGGAAAAUAUUAAAGACGCAUCUCAGAUGUCCAGCAACUUUAAAUAUUCUUAUAUCAUAGCGGAGUACAUCAAGCAAUGUGAUUUUGCUUUUGGAUAUCAUCUAGUUAUAGACUUUUUGAACAUUAAUGUUUUAGAUCUGAUAAAUAAAUUAAGCGUUAUUGAAUUCAGACAAAGCUUUAAUCUUUAUACGGAAGCAUACGGCAUGAAAAUAAUAGCCAUUCAUAUCAUCAGCACUUCAAAGCUCAUAGAUACCUUCGUUGCUAUAUUGAAACAAAUCCUCAAACCAAAAAUCGUGGAUCGAAUCAAAUUGCACAAGUCCUGGGACGAACUACAUGAUAUAUUGGGAAAAGAAGUUAUACCAAAUGAUUUUGGCGGUUUUGAAAAAUCUGUUAAGGAUAUACAUGAUGAUUGGGUAGAUGAAUUAUCAAAUAAAGGAUUCAGGCAAUAUCUUCGCGAAAUGAAUUCAGCUUCCACGGACGAAUCCAAGCGGCCAUCAAUUAAAUUUAGUGAAGAAUACGCGGGAUUGCCUGGCACUUUUAGAGUAUUGAGUGUCGAUUAAUCAGAUAUUAGUGUAUUAUGAAAUUGUGGUUUAGGUACAAAGUACUUCCUAUCGUAUAGUGUUAUUAAAAUAGGAAUAUACAUUAUAAAGGAGAAGAAAAAAUUGUAAUGUAU